AGGUCCAACACUUUCAAAAAAAUCGAACUUAGAAAUCGCAUUUUACUUCGUGAAAUAGUCAAGUAUUGCUUUAUUGUUUUGUUUUUACGCUCCUAGAUAUCAAUCAUCUCCAAACCGCACUUGAUUAUAUCCUCCUCCUAGUUAGAAGUGGAGGAAAACUUUUUUCGACGUAUACGAUGCCACGACAUUGAGCUGUAGUCGCAAGGCCUGCGUUCUUGGCUGCGUGUGCUUGCCUGCUCAGAUCGUAUUCUCGAGACCUCCGCUUUUUGCAUCAGCUGCUUGGUAAUUCAAAUUUCUUUCGACACGGAUUCAAAAAUUUAUUAUUCUCAUCUGAAGCACUAGCACGACAUCGGAGGACUGGGUGAAAGGAAACGAAAAGCAAAGAGAACAACUGCAACAAGCCGCACGACUCAAAGACAUCGUCCAAAAGAUGGACGAGAGGCAGCAGAAGAUGGAGGCGGCGCAGCGCGCCAUGCAAGCUGUGGGCAUGAACAUGGAUGACAUGCUCGAGUACAUGCUGCAGAAGAAAGUUAAGGAACAGCAGAACCAGAACCAGAACAGCAUGCAGAUGAACAACAAUGACCCGACCCAAUACAGCCAGUACUGGCAACAGCAAGGGCAACAGUCUCAUCCACAAAACACGACGAACAACAACCUGGGUACUAACAUGAACAACAUGCAGCAGAAUAUGCAGCAGAAUAUGAAUGUGAAUACGCCGAUGAACAACUAUACAAAUCUGCAGCAGGAGCAGUAUCAACAGCAACAGAACUAUGCGAACAGGAACCAGCUACAGCAGGACAACAGUAUGCAGCAGCAAGCCCUUCAGGCUGCCGCGUUACUGCUGAACGGGGGGAAAGGGAACAACAAUGCAAACGCGUCGUCCUCCUCAAAUUCGUCAAACUGGCAAAAUAUUAGCCACGUCAACUCUGGUAAUUCCAACAUGCAAAAUAACGCGGCCGCUGCGCUGGUAGGAAAUAACGCGAUGCAGCAACAAAACUACUCAAAUGACCCAAUAAACCAGACGACCAACCAGGGCAGUGGUAGUUCUUGGAUGAGCGGAAGUGAUCAGCAAUGGGGCAACAAGAAUGCCGGCGCCAACAGUACUGGAUCGUGGGGCGGCAUUAGCCAGAAUCAGCAUGAUCAUCAGCACGGUGGAAUAAACAACAAGGGCAAUUGGUCCUCGUCGGGUAAUGCGAAGGGAAAUAAAAGUGGUGGCAAGGGAAAUAAUCAUCUGCACCAAGGGAAUAACAACAACUAUACGAGCGGCGCGAUGCAAAAUUUCAAUAAGGCUAAUAACUCGUGGCAAGACCACCACCAGGGACACAGUAGUGGGAUGAACAACAUGAAUGUGGCCGCUUCAGAUACAACGAAUGACUGGUACCACGACGGGAGCACCAAUUAUAGUACGACCAACAACAAGACCACCCAACAACAGAACCAGCCCCACAACUCUUCCUGGAUGAGCUCCAUCGCAGCCAGAGUUGGAGCAGGUUCUUCGUCAUCAUCUGGAGGCAACAACAAAAACCAGUCGGCCGCGGAUUUCGUCAAGGGACUGCUCGGAACGUGGAACGACAACGGCAGUUCCGCUGAUAGUAACAUGGAACAACAAAGGAAUCAGAAUUUUUCGUCCACGACCCAAGCCUCCACCACUAACGACCGUUUUGCCGCGAUCAUGGCACUGGCGGAACAACAGCAGGAUACUAGUAGAAAUAGUAGUACAUCGGUGGGCAACAACCACAACAACUAUGGCCACAGCAACCUCCAGAGUGGCGGCAAGUUCGGUAGUGCUGUCUCGGCCGCAAAGACGAAAGGCGGGGGUAAGCAUUCGAAGUCGAAUAGUGCUUCCACCUCCUGGAAUAACGAUUCUUGGUCUUCUGCGACGCUGAACAAGGGCAAUAAUAAUUCUAGCGCCUCGUCUUCCUUCACAAAUGAUUACGCUUCUGCUCCUCACUACACAGCCGGCGGUAGUAAAGGAGCCAGCACGUCAGGCGGUGGAACUUCUGCAAAGAACACUCAGAAAGGAAAAGGGGGUGGCAAGAUGAAUAAAGGCAAUAAAGGGUUCAAUAAUUACAACGGGAUGUCGAAGGCGUCGGGUCACCAAAACAACUGGAAUGCAGAGCACCAGCUUCUAUCUUCGGCGCAGGAUCAACAACAACAGCAGGCGAAGGGUAAGGGGAAGAAAGGGAAAAAGAAGGGCUUCAAGUCUGCGGACCCGGCGGACAAGGGGGUGAACUGCAAUCUCCGCACCGCGAAUAAGAAUUUGAUAAGCGAGAACAUCCUCGUCACCGACGCAGAGCAGGCGUUGCGGAACCACAAUUUGAAGGCCAACAAGCAGGACUACGAGCGGCGCCAGCAGGAGCGCGUGGACCGGAUGAAUUCGGCCGCCGGGAAAGAACCGCAAAAGGACAGCAAGGCCGCGGCGCGGGGCGGGAAUAAAGACGCCGCGAAGGGAGACGCCGCCACGUCCUUCCUGCUGGACUUCACGAACAACAUCGAAGACAUUCUGUGUCGCGGACAGCUUCCCAGUACACUGGUCCCGCAGGGGGCAGCUGCUUCUGCGGGAGCAGGCGCCAACAAGCGAAAGCGGGGGGAGAUGGAACAGCAGCAGCAACAGCAAACUGGCACGAAUAAAACUAACGCUGGGGCGAGCACGAACGAAAGCGAAAACGCACAGCACACCCUGAAAAAACCCAAAAAUGUGACUGAUGAAAGCAAAGUGAACUGGAUCAGCAAAACGAAAACAGCGGACGGUUCGGAGGGAGUGAAUAGCGAGAAUAUUAAACCGAAAAGCAAUCGGGAGGUCCUGGAAGCUGCGUUGCGGGACGGCGAAGAUCCGGGGAGUGAGAGCAGCGACGAAGACAUGUCAAGCCCCGGCCCCGGAUCCGCAGAAGUGAAAGAUGGCGCAGGUUUUGUUGGGAGCAGCGGUCAGCAUUCUCUAGACGACAAAAGCACGGUGCUAGCACCGACGCCAAAAACGCAAGGCAUUCUUGAUGCGGAGAGCAGCACCCCGUCAACCAGCACUUCUCUGAGAGAUGAAGUCGGGGUGCAAAGCAAAAACAACCCGUUUCUGUUUUGCAGUGACGCGACUGCCACGGGUUUUAUGGACAACCACUCAACUACAAGCGUCCAACAUCUUCCGACUGGAAUUAUAAACGAUGGGAUAAUUCUUGUGCCAGCUCUUAGUCCCUCCUCGCCUGGUGCUGAAGCGGAGGUGGGGGAGGUGAACACAGCCAUCGAGCCAGAUGUUUCGAAAGCAGCACAGAACAACCAUGGCGAGGAAGACCCGCAGCCGACACCUGAUAUAGUUAGCGUCGACGGAGAACAGCCGUGGACUCCGGGGAGCGAAAUGAAUGCGGGAAGUUUUGGGGGAGUCGGAGCAGCCAUCGACGUCGCCUGCACCGGCGAUAAUCCCUUUUUGCGACCACCGACCAAAAACUCUGCGACAACGAUUUCGUCGAGUGCGAAAGUGGGGAUCAAAGUUGUCCCCGCAGUCGUGGUUCAAGAACCGGUUCUUGCGGUUCGUGCUCCGGAAGCGCUGCCAGGUCGUGUAGAGCCUGUAUCCACGGAAGAUAGUGCACCAUCUUCAAAGUCGGUGGACCAGGAAACGAAGGCUGUAGCUGGAGGAGCGGAGGAGGACAAAAACAAAAACCUCCAAGGCGGAGGACUUCUUCUACGCGAGGAAGCACAGGGCGGUAGAGACGAGCAAGAGCAGAGCGUUCUUCAUCUUCCGGAAGACAAACCUACGGACGAAAUAAAUGUUGCUUUCCCAGAGCAGCUGCAGCAGCAACAGCAAGAUCCUUGUGGUGUUGUUGGUAUGGAAAUUGUGGAAGAAACGAUUAUUGAAGAAGAAAUUUCGCCAUCGGCGUCGUCGGGUGGAGCAGUUGCUAGUGCUGUGGCAGGAGAGGAACGACAGGAUAUUAGUUGUUCAGGAUCUGCUUUGAUGUUCCCAGCGGAGGAGCAGGUACCAGCAUCUGUUGAGGUCCGGGGUGGACAAGCUGACACCGAGGACCCUGCUGCGCUUAUUGAGGAAAACAUCGUGGAGGAGGAGGUUCUUUCUCCGGUGGAAGCUGCCGCUCCUUUUGCCGCUCCUGUCUCGGUUUCCCCGGUCGUCGUGGAAGCUGCCGCUCCUGAUUCCGCUCCUGUUCUCUCGGUUUUGGCGACUGUAGCGGAAAAUGAUGUCGAAAACAAUACGUCAGCCGCGGUUCCCGCUGCAGCUUUCGUUCGCGUUGAGGCAGAAGAGGAAGUAGUAGGAGCGCAGUCCAAUAAUUCCAGUCCCUCAGCUUGUUCCAACGCCGGUGCGGUCGAGGAGAUCAAGGGUGUCAUCAAAGUCGGCGCUGCUACGAACUUGAAGGCGAAGAACGUCACGGACGAACGCAAUGAACUUGUUGUCGGCGGCACGGAAAGUAGUAGAACAAGUGGUCCAUCUCCCAUAGUACCAGAAGAUCACCCGGAACAACGGGAAGCUUCUGCAGUAGACAAAGGAGAAGUUUUGGAACAAAACACAACUCGUCCCAGUAUUUUCAAUAACCCAGGGACUACGACGGACGACAAAACAGCAACUACAAGCGAAAUAAAAAAUAGCGGCAAGUUCAAAAUACCAUCGGUUUGGCGUUUCCAGCCAGUGGUCAGCAGCACCGAGGAUUCGUCCGAUGCAGAGGAGAAGAAGAAUAAAUCCGACAUAAAGCUGUUGCAGGACGAGGAAAAAAGCCAUGCAGUCUCUCACGAUCUUCCUCCAACAGAACAAGAAGAAGUACACGAAACAGUUGAUAUGGCUCUUCACGCCACGACCAGUGAAGAUCCAAUCCCUGAAAUACAACACAGCCACGAGGACAUAAUUCCACCCCCGAGAGAAUCCGCGGCUCUGGCAGCCUGUUCUAGUACAAGUACUUGGUGUUAUUUUGAAGAGGAGCAAGAAGAGGAACCAACGGCAACCAUCCCCGAGCCCCGGGCAUCGGCCGCUCUUGCAGAGGAUCCCACGGCUGCACUCUUCGCUGCGAUGGACUUCGCGGAAGACCGGGAUGCGCGGAAAAUGAGCGGGUUUGACUAUUCGGAGGGGGUGCACGAAAUGAUGAACGGCGGCAGUUUGGGGGGCGGCGGACAUGGAAAUGGAAGUGGAACCACCAGCAGCCUGAAUAUCAUGAAUCUGCUGGGCAGCUUGGGCACAACAACAGGAACGAACUCUAUGACAACUUCAGGCGGCAAUAACAGCUUUCAAUCCAACUACAAUUCCUCCACCUACGGAGGCAAAAAUCACCAUUCUACUGCUGGUGCAACCGUCGCUGGAAAAAGCAACGCCGGGCCCUACGGAAAAGGCAACAAGAGCUGCAACAGCAGCUACAAUUCGUGGCAAAAUCAUGGCGGAGGUGGCGGUGGUAAAAAUUCCGGGACAUCUUCUACUUCGUGGUGGUGGAACAAUCCUGACAACUCGACGUCAGAGCAAUAUAAUGCCGAAGGCUCUGUUGAAAACUAUCCCCAGCCAGGAGGUAAGGGCGGGUACAACUACAACAAGGGGAACAAGAACGCUUAUUCGCACAUAAACAACUUCGGCAAGAACUACGGGGAGAACAAAGGGAGUCAGAAUUCUUACAGUGCAUCCUGGCAGCACAGCAACGAUAGCUACAAGGGUGGAAAUGAUUUCAACAACAGUAAAAUGUUCAAUAACACCUCCAAGGGGGCGUCGAUGUCGUCGACCAAGGGAAGCUAUAAUUUCCAGCAGAACAACAACAACUACAAUUACAAAGGCGGCAGUUCUUUUUCCUCCGCCUUCGACAAAAACACUGCGCAGCAGGGAAAGAGCAAUAAUAAGUCCGGUAGUUUUAUCAAUGGCACCAUGGGAAAGAACGCCAACAACUAUCAUUACGGGUUCUAUCCCGGCGGCGGGGCAAAAGGUUCGGGGAAGCCAGCGGGCCAAAUCGUCCGUGGAAAGUUCUACUGCCGGUACUGCGACUACGACUGCGGGGACAAUGAGUUCAAGUGGAAGCAUAUCCUGAGUAAAAACGUACCCACACCAGAGUCAGGAUGGGGAUUUUGCAACACAAACCUAGGAGUUUUGUGAGUCACGCAUGACAAUUUGCGCUCUGCAGUGUAGUGCAGGUUAGCAAGUGCAGCCGCGUCACAGAUUCAUCUGCUCAUCCUGUUCACAGCAUCAUAAAUUCCAAAACACGAUCGGAAAUGGCUCUCAUGGGGAUGCGCAUUAUAAGUCUUCCUGUCUUUGCAAAUCUGCAUUACAACUCUGGUGUGGGUACGUUUUUGCUCAGGAUAAAGCAGCACUGCAAGGAGCGGCACAUCCAGUGCAUCGAGUGCGGGGAAUCGCUGCCGGAGUUAUCAAAUGCAAAAAUGUCUGGGUCUGGAAGAAUGCAACUUGUCACGCUAAAUCUGAAUCAUGCAAAAAUCUGUGUUGCAUGAUUGCCACAAGUCGUCCAGUUUUGACCAAGUCGGGAUGGAGUUUCUCAUGCAGGAUAGGCACGAUAGAGAUCACACAGAAUCUGUCAUGCUAGGUCCUGCAGUCCAGACCUCGUGGGUCAUGGAAAAGCUGCAUGACAAACUUGCAUUCUUCCAGACCCAGACAUUUUUGCAUUUGAUAGGAGUACGCCAUGGAGGCGCACAUGCUCACCCACUGCGAGGACGAUGAGGAAAAGGACGAGGAACUCGAAAAGUGGAUCGCGAGCCGCAAGGCGAAGUUCCCGACGAAAAAGAGGAUCCAGGAAAAACAGGACGGCACCGUCGACGACAGCCACCUGCCAUUGAGUACGUUUUAUUAUCAUGUGGCACCGAAGAACUGCUUUGGUUUCUCUUUCUAAUGGGUGACAGUGAUUUUGAUUUAGCUGUUGUUCACCGACCUAGACACAGCAGGAGCAACAUCAAGAAGUUUAUUUUAUCAAGUAGAAGUUCGGACGUCGAAAAAUGAAUCUAUAUUGAAGUUGUAAGAAAAUAGAUGCUGCAGGAUCAUUGUGUAGUACUAACUGUGAAUAGCUGAUAGCUCUAGCGCGAAUUAAUAUUCUCUUUAUAGGUAAAAUCGAGGAGCAGCUGCGUGAGAAGAUUGAUCCGCAGCAGAAGAAAAAGCUCCGUCCCCAGGAUGACGACGAAACCGUGGAAGUGUGCCUGCAGUACGAGUACUUCCACCGCCGGUGCGGCCGCGGCAAGCAGUGCCCCUUCCGGCACCGCAGGCGGGACCCCUGGUGGAUGCAAAAAGUGGCGAACGAGGAAGAGUUUGUGUGCAACGAGGCGGAAGAGGACCAGUUGGGGCACGGAGACGGAGCGGAGAAGGGUCGUUUAGAAGUUGUUGUACUUGACGGUUAUACAGCAGGAGCAGGGAUGAACUCCGAUACCGCAGGUAGUAGUAGUUCUCCUGCUGGUGGUUGUGCUGCUGUUAAAAAUGCUGUGCCAGCAGCACCAGCUGGCGAAAAAAAAAGUGAAAUGACCACGACCGACGACCUUGCCGCUUCGGAGAAAAGCACUGAGGACGGGGGGACGCCGAAACUAGAGGUGGUUCCUGAACAAGCCGAAGAGAUCUUAACUGUAAGAAAGGAGGACGGAGGAGAAGAAGACAAGAAGGCUGGUGUCAGCAACACCGUCCUCCCUCCAAUUACAGACGAAAAGGAGACUUUUAUAGAGGGGGACAACAAAACUAAAACUACUACAGUCGAGCAGGACAAAGAGCAGACAGCUGCAACAUCAGUGGCGGAGCAGGCACAAGCCGAGCCCAUGUCGAAGUCGAAGCGAAAGCGGCUAAAAAAACAGGAAAAUAAGAAGGCCGCCGAGAAGAAGGCCGAGGCAGAAGGGAGUACAACCGAGAAUAAAACUUCCUCGUCUCUUCUAGACCCCCUCCAAGCGAGUGACAGUGGUAACAAAGUAGGAGCGCAAACCACAGAGCUCCUGCUCCAGGAAGCAACGGCGGCAGUAAAGCAGGAACAAGAGAAGACGUAUACGUUCGCCCGGGGGGUGUGCCACGCGAUGAUCCACAAGAAGAAGUGCAUGAAGGGAGAGAACUGCACGUGGUCGCACGAGCACAAACUGGUUUUGGAGGAGCGCGCCAAGUGGCGGGCCAUUUUCAAGCAGGACAAGGAGGCCGAGAAGAGGCGAAACGAGCAGCCGGCGGGGCGCAGCAGCAAGGUAAUCAAGAUGGACGACUUGUUUCGCCGCAUCGAGGACAAAGUCGACGUGUCCGACGAGGUUGUUCCCCAGGUCCACCGGUACUUCUCCUCUCUGCGCAUCAAUAAAAGCGCGGACGGGCGAAAGGUUCAAAAGAGCAACAAGCGAAAGAGGGCGGAUCGCACGAAAAAGACGGCGCGGGGUUCUUCUUCCUCAAACAGUGACGGAAGUCGGUCGGAGGGAAAUGACAGUGAAGGAGAACUAGAUAAUGGGUCUGGAGUAGAAAGCGAUGAAAAUAGUUUUUUCAGUGACAGCGACGACCUUUCGAACCUGAAGCCGAUUCGGGACGUCACGGCGAAAGUGGGGGAGCCGGACCCCUGCCGGACCGCGAAAUCCGUUAUGUUUUCGUCGCAGAUCACGUUUAAGCCCACGAAUUUGCUGAAGGCGACAGUGACGACGCGGGAGCCGGCAAAAGGCGACGAAAAUUCAUCGGGUCCGGGACAUCUUCAAAAGUCCUCCUCCACAACAGCUUCUUCUACCGGGAACAAUAAAAACAACAAAUCUGCGAAGAGCAGCAGUGCGCAACUGGAAGAGGCGCGGAGGGUGCUGGAAUUUCUGCGCAGCGGGAAAAAAUUGGAGGAAGGGCAAAUGCUAGAGAACAAGGAACUGCUGGACAUUCUGAACAACGACGAUGAGGAGGACAGCUGGGGAUAGUCGUAGUUGGGUACUAUAGGUAAAGAUAGAAUCAUGAAACUCUUCAGCUACAAGGUGCGCCGCACGACCCGGACGAUGAACUAUAGUGCAGUUACCAUGCAAAGUCGUCACACGAGGAAGAAAGUAGGAAGGGUGGAAUUGGCUACAGCUGGAUCACCUUGGCAGGAUGGGAGCCUGGCGACGAAUUUUUAUUCGAACAGCAGAAACGCGAACAAGCGACUUUGAUUCUUUUUGGCACGACGAAGAACGAACCUAGUACUUACUUCCCUUGGUCUAGUAGUACUAAGGCGCAUUUUUACGACUGAAUGAACAGGAAAACGCGAAUUGAGUGUGAAAGCGAACGCAUUUAUCUUGACGCAAAACUGCAGCUGUGAAACCGACGCAAGCGAAUUUCUAACAUCCACUGCAAAAAUUAUUGGCUCGAGAAU